AUGGAGAUAAAAUCGCUGGAAAAGGACGAGAAUGGCCAGGCCCGUUUCCCUGGAUGUUCGAACAUCCGUGAAUAUGAAUUUCUCGACAAGCUUGGAGAAGGAACAUUCGGCGAGGUCUACAAAGCAAGGUCCAAGAAGGACACCAAAAUUGUGGCUUUAAAAAAGAUCCUAAUGCACCACGAGAAAGAAGGCUUCCCCAUUACCGCCAUCCGAGAGAUCAAACUCAUGAAGGCGCUUUCCCACCCAAACAUUCUGCAGCUCAAGGAGAUGUCCAUUGAGCGAGGCAAAGGCGAAGGACGGAAAAAGCCAAGCAUGUACAUGGUCUUUCCGUACAUGGAACAUGACUUGUCAGGACUCCUGGAAAACCCGGCAGUUCAAUUCACUGAACCACAGAUCAAAUGCUACUUGAUGCAACUCCUUGAAGGGCUUAAAUUCAUGCAUGCAAACCGCAUCUUACAUCGUGAUAUGAAGGCAGCGAACCUGCUAAUUAGCAAUGGAGGAAUUCUUCAAAUCGCCGAUUUUGGUCUUGCUCGGCCUUAUGAUGAUGCCCCUCCACUCCCCGGGAAAGGAGGAGGAGAUUCCAAAAGAGAAUACACUGCACUUGUUGUCACGAGAUGGUACCGUCCUCCAGAGUUGUUGCUACAGCUACGGAAAUACACCACAGCCAUCGACUUGUGGGGAGUUGGCUGUGUUUUUGGCGAGAUGUUCAAGGGCAAGCCCAUUCUCGCUGGAAAAAGCGAUCUUAACCAAGCAGAACUGAUAUUCAAUCUUGUGGGCACUCCCACUGAGGAGAAUAUGCCCGGAUGGAGUCAACUCCCGGGUUGUGAGGGUGUGAAAAACUUCGCCUUCAAACGCGGGAACCUCCAUACAUUCUUCAAGGACACCCUUAUUUCACCACCCACCCCCUUCCAGCACGACCCGGCGAAAUCCCCCAAUUCGCAGAUUCCCACGAACUCGACCGCAAGAAGUUCCGCAGUCAGCGGGUCCCAAUGCCCCCAGUCCCCCCACCCGCCUCCGACACAAGCAAUGGUGGUUGGCCAACCUCUGGUUCUCGCGGACCAGAUUCCCGACACAGCCGCGUCCCCGGCGUCGCUCGUGGAGGCAGACCAAAUGCACCAGGCACCCAAGGAGGUCAUGGACACCACGCAAUUCACGGAAACCCGCAACGCCGCGGGCCUUUCCCAUCUACACAAAGAGAUACCGGAUUACCGCCGCGUCCUCCCGUACCGACCAACCCGCCAUGGGAUGGAUCGCAAUCCAACAGAACUGACGGGAGAGAUGAUCGUCGGGAUCAAUUCGGACAAGGUCGCCCGGCACCGAGAUCAGGGAACCUCGACUCUUACGUUCCAAAUUACAGCAGCAAUGACCGCGGUAGUGAGCGCGGCAAUGACCGCUCGCGAGACUCUGGUGAGCAUGGCCCACAUUCAAAUGCAGAUUGGCGCUCAACAAGUCGACGUGAUUACCGCCGGGAUCCUCCAUCAAGAAGAAGGAGCCGGAGUCCCAGUUUCAGAGACAGCAGUCGAGGUUAGGGUUAUGGUAUCCAGCGAUGUUUUCCCUUAA